AUGGCAGAUUUUAAAAAUUCGCUGGAACAAUGCCAGCUGAGUAAUAUGGGUUACUCAGGUCCCCUAUUUACUUGGUCUAACAAGAGGCGGGAUUCUACAUUUACAAAAGAAAGUUUGGAUCGAGCAAUGGCUACUAUCAGCCUUGCUUCGUUCUUCCCUCAACCUACGGUGGAUGUGCUUGAUGCACGUAGCUCGGAUCAUGCACCUUUGCAUGUGUCUUUGCACCAGUCAAAUGGAAGGCAGUUGAUUCAACAGAAAGAAAAGCUUCUGGGAGACCUGCAGGGGGAGGGCAACGAGUCUGACAUGGAAACAAUCCACCAAAUUCAGUCUGAAGUAAACGACCUAAUAGAAAUAGAGGAUCUAAAAUGGCGGCAGAGGGCAAAAGAAAGCUGGCUUCAUUAUGGGAAUAAAAACUCAAAAUACUUACAUGCAUUCGUGAAUCAACAGAGAAAGACCAACCUGAUAAAGAAAAUCAUAGAUGUGGAUGGGGUGCUGUGUACUCAGCAGGCAAGUAUUAAGAGGGCUUUCCUCACAUACUAUCAGACUCUAUUUCAGUCCAAAAGACUGGAAGAGGUUGACAGUUGUCUAUCGGGCAUGACUCAAAGGAUUAGACGGGAGAUGAAUGAACAGUUGCUAAAGCCUUGCACGCCUGAGGAGGUCAGGGAAGCGAUACAACGUAACACAUGGGGCCUUUCAAAUCCCCAGGCCUAUAACGCCUUGCUUUUACAAAAAUACGCAAGUGAAAAUUUCGAUUUUCACGUGAUAUUACAACGUCAUCAGCGUUAA